UAAGUGCUUCCUUUUGCAAAUGUAUUUCUACAUAUUUAUAAUUAGCUUUAUUAUUAUUAGUGUUAUUACUAAAACUUUGUUUACAAAAUUUUGUACGAAAUGAAAUUGUUCAUAAUAUUGAUAUUGGCAAGUUAUGCCAUCUCAGCUACAAUAAGUGACUAUCAACUUGAAUCGCAGUGGGAAAAUUUUAAAAAAAAAUACGAUCGAAAAUAUCUUGACGCCAAAGAAGAAGCAUUUCGUAAAGGUCUUUUUGCAAAUACUUUAAAAUUCGUUCAAAAACAAAACGUAAGGUACGACGAAGGACUUGAACAGUUCAGACUAGGCAUUACUAGUCUAGCUGAUUUUACAGAAGAGGAAAAAGAAAAGGGUUCACGUUCAGGUCGUAGGAUUAGGUCCAGAUUAGGUCAAGAUUUCCGUGAUUUCAGUGAUAUUAAGGUCACAGACAUAAAAAAUGCAAUUGACUGGAGAGCACGAGGAUUUAUGUCGAAAGUCAAAAAUCAAAGCACAUGUGGUUCUUGCUGGGCAUUUUCAGCUAUUGGUGCAAUAGAAGCUCGCUUAAAUAUAAAAAGUAAGACUUCAGAACUACCGACGCUAAGUGAACAACAAAUUCUUGAUUGUUCACCUAUCGCUGCCGGUGACUGCAAAUAUGGUUGGAUCAAAAAAGCAUUAAAUUAUCUUUACUUAAAUAAAGGCAUAAAUAGCGAUUUUGACUACAAAUAUGAAGCUAAAGCAAACAAGUCAAACUGUCGUUAUGACAAAACUAAAUCUGUCGCAAAGCUUAUUGGAUACAGCUCCAUUCCUUAUUAUGUCAAAAAUAAAGAACACUUUUUAGCCAAGUUAGUAGCUACUGAAGGCCCUGUUAGUGCAGCAAUUCAUAUUAGCAAAAAUGAUAAGAAGAAUUUUGACAAAUGGAAAAAGACUGACAUUUAUGAAACUAAAGAGUGUGCUCAAACAAUAACUAAAAAAAAGCUCAAUCAUGCAAUUGUUGUUGCUGGUUACGGUAGCUUAAAUGGAAAAGACUAUUGGUUAAUAAAAAAUUCCUAUGGUGAAAAUUGGGGAGAUAAAGGUUACAUGAAACUACUACGGAAUGGCCCCAUGCACUGCGGUAUUGGUCUUAAUGUUUAUUAUCCAAUAGUGUAGAUGUUUCUA